UUUUCUUCGUAGAUCUAUAUGAAGCCUGAAACAGAACGUUGUUCAGUGAGAAUUUAAUGAUAGUCUAGGAAUGUGUGUGGAUUCUAGAUAAACAAUGGCAAUUAGAGAUCUCUCUUCUAGUUCUAGCAGUCUUAAAUCUGCUACAAUUAUUUUACUUGUUGUGCUAGUUAUUCAUAUAGUUGGAUUUUCUUUACCACGAUGGAUUUCUGUAGAAUUUACAGUUACAGAACAAGAAGGGCAGACAACAGAAACUGGCUAUCAUGCUGGUCUCUGGCAACAUUGCGGAUGUGCAAAAUCAAAAUUUCUAGACACCGGUGCAUGUCUAUGUUUCUCCAGAACAAAUGAUCCAAUGUGGUUCAACAUGGUACAGGCUGCGGAAACCCUCGGACUUAUUGGACUAGUUGUGUCUAUGUUAUUGUCACUGACCACGUUGUUCUAUCAACAGAACAAGAAGUUUAUGAUAGCCAACGUCCUGAUUCUACUGGUCUCAGGUACAUUGGUGGUGAUUGGUUUGGUCGUUUUCAAAGUCAAAACAGAUACAUUUGAGUUAUUUAAAGACUUGGGUAAAAUUGAAACAUCAGAAAUGGAAAUUGACCAAGUUGACGCCAAGCUUAAUUACGCUUAUUUCCUGUGUGGUGUUGCAGGCUGCCUUAGUAUACUCGUGUGCGCGCCUCUCUAUGUGAAAGAUUUAUGUUCUUAUUCCCCGGACACAUUGAAUGAAUCUGCGGUACAUUAUACAGCUCAAGGUCAAUGCCUUGUCCAAGGAAAUAUGGACAGCGGAUAUAUGAGAACCUCGGAUGAACAAUAUGGAUUUCCACCAGCUUACGAGCAGCGUUAUGUGCCGAACAAUGCAGAACUGCCCUAUAAAUCAUAACGUUCUCAAGCGCAUACAUACACGUUUUUAAAUGCCUUGUACAUAGCAAAGCUUUGCAAAGUUACACAUGUAUUUUAAUACCUUUGAAAAGAUACCUUUUAUCACGGUGAUAUCACCGUAAUUACAGGGUGGUGCCGUGGGGUACUUGUUGUGAUUCAGAGAAGGGCAUCGUUAGGCUUUGCAUCCACAUAUAUCAGACGAUUAGACAAUAACAAUUAGGCCAAUAUUUGACGCUAUGUAUGCAAAUUAGCACAUGUACGGAUUAAGGCGAUAGCGGUGUGGAUGCGAUACCUACUGGGAAAACUGGAAAUCUUGGGUUAAUGCGUAGGACUGUGUACAUUAUGUAGAUAGUCCACGAGUAUGGUAUUCUCGUGAGUUGUUUCGCUGAGUUAAUAAUUACACUUACUGAAUUUCUUUCUAUAGAUCUAUCUUUUGUGAAAAUGCAUAAAAAUAUAAACAAACGCAGAAUGUUUUUUUUAGGAGUUUGUGUAUAUACAGAACGUUGAUUCCAAGCCCGACGUCAUGAUUCGAUCAAAUAUGGACAAUCGAUCCUCGAUGCAUGUAUAAAUAAAUUUGUUCAUCGUAUAUAAAUAAGAUAUUUGUAUAUUGACAAAAUGAUGCGUGUGGUUCUGUGUUUGUAUUAUAAUAGUGAAUUGCUAGUAUCGUUCGACUUCUGGUAAUAUUGGAAUUGUGUCAGAGUUAAAUUCAACUGUUAAUGCUUCUAGGAAUACUUUGAUGUAAAAGAACAUUAUAUUUGUGACGAAUAUUGAAUCAUACUAGGUUUCUUGAUUUACAAAGAAAUAGACAAUACAUCACGUAUUGAUUAUUAUUGUUUAUUAGUUAGCGUUUACAAAAUAAAAUGAGUCAAAAAC